AUGUCGACACACAGACGCGGACACGGGCGAGGUAGAGGCAGAAUAGGCAAUGCUAUGCCUGAAGCAUCAGGGAAUAAUCCUAACCCUGUAGACUUUAUGGCUUCCUUAGGGAAUAUGGCCGCGGCGAUGCACACGACAGCCGAAGCCCUGGGAAACCAAAUAAAUAAUGGUAACAAUGGCAAUAACGGCGACGAUGGUCCUAUGACGCUUUCCUCCUUCCUGAAGGUUCGUCCUCCGACCUUCAGAGGAACCUCGAACCCUACCGAUACGGAUAACUGGAUCCAAGCCAUUGAGCGAGCAUUACAGGCUCAGCAGGUUCCUGAUGAACAGCGGGUUGGGUUUGGAACCUACCAACUACAGGAAGAGGCUCAGCAUUGGUGGCAGGGCAUGAGGUGCAUUCUGCAGCCUGAUGGGCUGAAACAAGGCCAGAUGACUGUUAUUGAGUACACUAGCAGGUUUGAGGAACUAUAUCGUUUUUCACGGAUUUGUCAAGGAGCUCCUGAGGAUUUUGCUGAGUGGAAAUGUAUCAAGUAUAAAGGGGGCCUUCGGAGUGAUAUUCUAAGCUUUGUUGCACCUAUGGAGAUUAGGGUAUUUUCUGAACUUGUAAACAAGAGCCGAAUAGCUAAAGAAUGUGUGAGGAACGCAGCCGUGGAAAAGAGCGAUAACCAGGAAUUCCACCAAAGAGACCACCACCAGAAUUUGGUACCAAGGGGUCGAGGAUUCAAGCAAAGAGAAUAUGCUCAGCCAUUUCCUCAUGGUCGGAACCUGGUUGGAUUGGAUGAUGAUCACCAAGGGGACGGUAGAAGAAAACAAACAAGGGAUACUUCGGAGGAGCUGACAUGUCAAAAGUGUGGCCGUUACCAUCCGAAUAGGCCGUGCCGCAUUGGCUUGGGGGAUACUUUGGAGGAGCUGACAUGUCAGAAGUGUGGUCGCUAUGAUCUGGACAGGUCGUGCCACUUUGGCUUCGGCGUAUGUUACAAGUGUGGUCUACCAGGGUACGUAUCCAGGAAUUGUCUGCAGGAAAAGACUCAAGAUGGAGGACGAUCAAAUUAG